GCAGAGGGGCGUGGUCGCGCAGGCGCCGUGGAACUCGGGCCUGUGUUCCCGCUGGUGGCGAUGGCAUCUGAGGCGGAGCGCCCUCCACUGGGCGUGUUUGAGUGCCAGCUCUGUGCCCUGACGGCUCCCUACAGCUAUGUGGGACAGAAGCCCCCUGACACCCAGUCUGUCAUCCUCCUGGAGGAGAGCUAUAUCAUGAAGGACCCCUUCACCACGGACAAGGGCCGCUUCUUGGUGCUUGGGGCACGGUGCAGCGUGUGUAGCAGACUGGUGUGCGCGGGCCCGGAAUGCAGCUUAUUCUACUCCAAGAGAUUCUGCCUCCCAUGUGUCCGGAAGAACAUUGGCGCGUUCCCGCAGGAAAUCCAGCGAGACACGGAGACAAGGACAGCCGCCUCCAAGAAGCCCUCCAGUCGGCCCUGACUGUGGAUGUGGCCUGGGGCUGGCCUUCCCCACUGCUCUGUGAGCGCCACCUCCAGCCUGGGAGGCUGUAGGUGGACUGGAGGACACUCAGAGACAGACAUCAGGCCAGGGAGUGCAGCCACAGCGGCAGGGCUGCCCCCAGGGCAAGGCCUGCAGGACGGAAAGCCUCUUCCUCGCUCAGUUACAAGGCCAGCCAUGCUGGGGCAGCACAGCCUGGGGCAGGCUGCCCGGUCACCGCCAUGUCCUCUCUCCAGGAAAUCAGCAUCCAUUGCCUGCGCUGGAGCCAGCUGCAGGACUGGAGGCAGAAGUUUUCAUUAGAAUCUGCAUUUGAGGCUUGGGAAAUGCUCUACAUCUUGACCACGUGUUGCAUUUAUCAAUAAAACCCCAAA